AUAGAGUUCUGUUUACCCUCACCACCGCCGGUCACUCAAGUUUCCGAGUGGAAGUGUCGAGCGGUCAAAACGUUAGUGGUGCGGGUAUAAAAGGAGCGGCGCUCAACUCGCAAGGAUAUUCUGCUUCAGGAUUUCAUACAUCAUCAUCAUGGUUGCUAAGAUCGUUCUCGCCUUCGCCGCUCUGGUCGCCUGCGUGUGCGCCGAGCCCGGUGCACCCCUGGUGGUCGCCGCCCCCGCCUACGUCAAGGCCGUGGACUUCCACGCCCGCCCUCACUACUCGUUCAACUACGGAGUCAACGACCCCCACACCGGUGACCACAAGAGCCAGCACGAGACCCGCGACGGAGACGUCGUCAAGGGCCAGUACUCUUUGCUCGAGGCUGACGGCACCACCCGCACUGUCGACUACACCGCCGACCCCAUCAACGGCUUCAACGCCCACGUCACCAGGUCCGGACACGCCGUCCACGCCGCCCCCGUCGUCAAGGCCUACGCUCCCGCCCCCGUCGUCGUCAAGGCUGCCCCCGCCGUCUACGCCGCCGCCCCCGCCAUCUACAAGGCCCCCGUCCAGUACGCUCACUCCUACGCCGCCCCCGCUGUCUAUGCUGCCCCCGCCCUGUACAAGGCCCCCAUUGUUGCCGCCGCCCCCGCCCUGACCUACGCUCAUGCCGCCCCCGUCGCUUACAAGGCCGCCCCCCUGGCCUAUGCCGCCCCUCUGGCCUAUAAGGCUCCCCUCGCCUACCACUACUAAAGAGCUCCUCUUGUUUUGCUUUGGUGCUCGGUGCUCAUCGGUCGGUGAGCACCGUUGCAUCAGAACUGCUCUCUCAAUGUUAGUCUGACUGCACGAUCGCUUUUUUUCUCCCGCCGUGAUCGCGGGAUUCAUAAAUUAUUCAUUGUCGCCUCAAGUUUUUGUUAGUAUUCAAAGAUCUUGUUUUAAUUUAAGUCUUUUAAAAUAAAAUAAAAGAUAAAAUAAA